CAAAGCUGUUAAUUAACCCUGACCUAUAAACCGUCAGCACACAUUUUGUCACCUCUCUCGUCUUGCCCUGAGUGUGUCUGUUUUCCCUGAAAAUGGUAGCUUUCAAAGGACUUUAUCACAGCUUCUUCCACCUGGCAAAAGUUGCAGCACGAAAGCAAUUCAGAAAACAUGACAAAUGGUGCGUCAUAACCACCAGCAAGGGUGACGAAAAGAUCCAGGCAGUGUCAGACGGAGAGUUGAACAUGUCUGCGCGGGGCUGUGGAGGCAGUAGCUCCAGCCUUCCUGGGACUCCAGGCGGAGAGGGUGGCCCAGCCGGUGUGUUGAGCUGGGCUGUGUCAUUUGAAAAGCUGUUGGAGGACCCCUAUGGAGUCAGCUACUUUACGGCCUUUCUGAAAUCUGAGGUGAGUGAGGAGAACAUUUUAUUCUGGCAGGCUUGUGAAAAGUUCAGGAUGAUUCCAGCCACCUCCUUGAAAGAGCUAAAGACGGCAGCUCGCUUCAUCUACAACAAAUACCUGUCUGAAAGUGCUCCCUAUUCGGUCAACAUCGAUGACACAGCCAAGACAGAGGAGAAGGACCUGGAACAGCCCACACCUGAGAUGUUUAACAAGGCUCAAGCACAGAUAUUUAAGCUGAUGAAGAUGGACAGCUACAGGCGCUUUGUGCGCUCUCCUCUCUACCAGAACUGCACCCUGGCAAGUGUAGAAGGCAAGCUUCUACCUCAGCUCUCUUUAGAACCGGUCCGCAUGGGAUCCUUGGAGGACAUGGCCAACAGAAGCCCCUCCUUAAGUGACAAGAAGAACAAGAACAGCUUGCAAAGUGGCAAGAGUGCCUCAGAGAAACAGCGACAGAAAAGAGGAUCCUGGGGAGAGUCCCAUAUGCCCGUCAAGUCUACCAGCAGUGUGGAGCUUGGCACCCUCUACAGGCAGAUUGAGAAUGGCCGAUCAAGUCCCCGCUCCUUAGAUGUGAGCGGUGGAGUUGGGAAUCGGUUCGGGGGCUACUGCUGUGUCUACUUACCUGAUGGCAGUGCCUCUCUGGCCCCCACACGUAAUGGCCUGCCCAUCAGAGACAUGCUGGCCAGCCUAUGUGAGAAGAGAGGCUUCCCGCUGAAAGAUGUCAUCAUCUACCUUAAGGGCAAGGACAAGCCCUUAUCACUGGACCAGGAUUGCAGCGUACUGAGAGAUCAGCAGGUCACUCUAGAGCUUAGGGUGACGUUUAUGCUGGAGAAUGCCUUCACUGGUAAGACAGUGGGCAUUAUGGCAAAGUCCAGUAAGACGCUGCAGGAUGCGCUCUAUGCGGUGCUGCAGAAACACCACCUUAAGCCACAAGAGGCCCUGGUCACCCUGGUCGGAAGCGACGAGUCCGUGAACAUGAACGACACUGUGUUCAGACUGGUCAAUAAGAAGUUACGGCUUGACACAACCAAAGCAGGAAGAGACCAAAGCAACACUUCCAGAGCCAGUGGUAAUGCUGCAGCCGCACAGGCAGGAGCAAUGAGUGCAACUGGUCUGGAGGCCCGAUCGUCGCCGCAGAUGGACAGAGCCAAGCAUCAGCCCAAGCCCAGUAAGAACCGCGACCUAGAUGGGUUACUGGACAUGCUGUCGAGGGCUCAGUGCAGCAGGGUCGAUGACCAGCGAGGUCUUCUAACCAAAGAACAGCUGGAGAUUCCUCAAUUCCUGCAGCUGCCCCCAGACCAGGGACAAGAAGCACAGCCAGACAGGUCCAGUACAACCAAACCCUCCACUGAAGACUCCAAAGAGAAAUCAGAAGACAAGACGUCAUCAACUUCUAGUUCAGCUGGAGCUCAACCCAAAGACUUGAGGGAAACGACACUCUGAGAGACUUUUUCAUUGUGUAUGGGAUGGACAAAGACAUGAACAGAAACUACAAUCUUGCAACAACGGGUUGCCAAUCAUGUCAAAGGACAGAAACUAAUUUUUAGUGAAAAAAAAGCACUUUUUAUAAUUGUUUACAAAUAAGCUCCGAAUCAGCAGUAUGCUCCCAUCUUUGCCACUAGAAAUUGACCUCUUGAGGCAAAAUGUAAAGAAGAGAGAUCAUGGCAAGCAUUUAUAGUGUCAUUUUAAAACACUAAACAUCCAUAUGGGGUAAAAUGUUUGCUAUGAAUUGUUUAAUGUAUCCAAAAAUGUUUAAAAAUAAUUUUUAGCUCAGCGGUUAAGCCAGAAAAACCAGUGUGUUUGCUUUAGUUUUCCCUGAUGUUUAAAUGCUGUACAGUUUGCAGUUCACAUUGCUUCUACUUUUCACAAUCUCACAUUGCCGUCAUGCUUUUCUUUGCACUCUAAGCUAGAACAUGGUUCUGCACAGGGCUGUCCAGAAGGGGAUUUGAAGUGUGUUGUUAAAUUUCGUCCAGUUUUGUUUUUUUUUUUUUCAUUUCAGUUAAGAUUAUUGAAUAUUUUACAAAGAUAAGUUUUAAUAUUUUAAAUGACCAUUUUUCAUUUUGUUUGCUUGCUUGUGAUUUUCAAACGUGUGUUUGUGGUACUUUAAAAAUGCAUUUAGUUUGUUGUGAUGGCACUUUGAAAAACCCUGGUCAAGUCCUGUUUUCCUGUCACCUCAUACAUCUCAGGGUCCUGAUCAUUAAUUAGUAAUGUGAUAUUACAGGGAGUAAAUCAGUUGUGAUACUCAAAAAUAUCUAACAGGGUGUAUCAAAAAGAAUUAAAGUGUUUAAUAGUGAAAUAUGA